AUGAUAAAGGACUUGUGGUUGGUUGCGAAUCUUGCAAUUUUCACGGAGUUAUGGAAGUUACGUAAUAAGUCUUAUUUUGAUAAUAUGGUUGUUCAAUGGCUGAGCUUUAAAGGGAGAGUUUAUCAGGUUAUUCAUGAUAAUUCAAUUAGAAUGAAAGGUCACAUGCAUAAUACUUUAGAGGAGUUACGCAUUCUGAAUUAUUUCAAAGUGCGGCAUAGAUCAUGCAAAACGUCUACUCCAAUUGAGAUUAGUUGGACUCCUCCUAAUCAAGAUGAAAUCAUGAUCUGUUGUGAUGGUGCUUCUUUCGGAAACCCAGGCCAAGCUGGUUCAGGUGUUGUUUUCCGUGAUGCAAGUUCAGAGGUGCUUGGUGUUCUCUGUGUUGGCCUUGGUUGGCAAACAAAUUUCUAUGCGGAAGUAUGUGCGAUUAUUUAUGGUGCGAUUAUGGCUAAGAGAUGGAAUCUGCGGAGUAUUUGUAUCCUUUCUGAUUCGAAGAGUUGCAUUCAAGCUUUUCAAAAGGAUGAGUUGCCUUGGAAGCUUAUGCAGAAGUGGAAAAUUGCGAAGUCUUUCUAUAUCAAUGUUCGUUAUAUUCAUAGCUAUAGGGAGAUGCAACAUAAGCGUGUAGGAGCGAAAAAAGAGAAGUUGGCAGCUUACAGACGCGUAGAAGAGUUAAAAAGGGAAAGAAAUCUAGGUAAUAUGCAGAGGAGUAAAGAGAAGAUUUUGGGCAUUAAAUCGAGAUAUUUUGAGGUCCUGUCGAGUAUAAAAGAAGUGCUUGGGUGUCAGAAAAGAGGAGGGAGAGUUUGGGGAGCAGUUUAG